AUGUACUAUGUUGGUAUAGACACAGACAGAAAGUUCAACUUACCCGGGUUUUGGCCUGACCCAGCUACUUUGAAUCAGAUUCCUAAGGAACCUCAUGAAAUCCAGGCUGAAGUUGCGCGGAUCAGAAGAGCUAGGGCCGAGAAGAGGGCGAGAUUGGAGCAAAAAGCCAAGGAGUUGGGAAUCAGUGAGGAGGAUGAAUAA